CCAGCAACAAUCCAGGAGCUUGGCGUGUCUGCGACAUGUCGUCAGAUCUCUCUGCUGCGCCCUGCCACCCAUCGCUUUGUGGUCGAGGCACACAAACAGUUGGUCUCAGAUUAUCCUGUUUUGAUUCUUUCAUUUAUAGUCAACUCUACAAUAAACUCGAGUUAAUUUCUCAGCUGCUUCCAUCAUCUCGUCCUCGUGGUUUUAUCGCUUCAACCCGCUCUCUAUUGGAAUUGAACUUCACCCCACCUCUCACCUCGACGCCAUGUCAAAACCCGCCAAUCGAACCCAACAGGGGCAGAAUCGAGCGCUAUCAAACGCGUCCUCCGUCAUUCGGAGGCUAUCACAGGACUUUGUGGACUCGCGGCCACCGGAAGGCUUCAUGGCCGUGACUGGUGAUGUCGCGUCCUCGGUGCUUUCGGUGCAUGCACACCCAGACGCAGAGACAUUGGGACCCGAUACACGAACAAGUCACGGGAAGCACACAUCAGGAAACGCCGAAAAGCGACCAGAUAGCGGCGGAGAGCCCCGGCCAUCAGACCUGGGCCCCCCCCCCCUCUCGACUUCAGAAGAAGCAGCCCUCACCUCACCCGGUCGCCCGGCAUUGGAAGGCACCGAGCCGUUUGGCAAUGGCUACCACUUUCCGCCCAAGUACUCGUGGCAAGAGUCGACCCGGCAAGCGCUGGCGGCCUUCUGGAAGUUCUUCCUCACGCCGAUGGGUUUCUUCUGGACCAUCUACGGCCUGAACGUCGUAGCCUGGGGUGGUAUGAUCUUUCUGCUCCUUUGCAACGCCUCGCCCGCUAUGUGCUACCCUACCUGCGACGACAUCGAUUCCCCGCGGCGGAAGUGGAUCGAGUGGGACGCCCAGAUCCUCACGGCGCUCUUCUGCGUCACCUCGCUUCUACCCGCCCCCUGGAGGUUCCGCGAUCUCUAUUACCUCUUCAAAUACCGAAUUUCGAAACAGCAGGAAGGCCUCCGCCGCCUCGCGGGGAUUCACAACGGCUGGUUCCGGUUACCGGGCUCACAGGAAUUGCCCCCAAACAUCGGCCCCGACAACAUCACGGCCGGCGUCCCCGUCAACUGCGUGCCUAUCCCGGAGAAGAACAUGCCCAACCCGCCAUUGACGGGCAUUCGGGCACCGCCAACCAAGCUGUGGAAGCUGGACUUUGUGAUCUGGUCCAUGGUCCUGAACACGCUGGCCCAGGCCGCUCUCUGCGGAAUCAUGUGGGGGAUGAACCGAUAUGACCGACCGAGCUGGGCGACGGGGUUCCUGAUUGCAAUUGCCAUGAUCAUUGCCAUGGUGGGCGGAUGGGUCAUGUUUGCGGAGGGCAAGAAAGUCAAGAGCGUCGAGGGCGUGCAGCUGACGGAUCGGGACCGCGAGAGGCUGGCGCGCGACAAAGAGCUCGGCAUCCCGCACUACAACAACAUCAGGGACAAGAAGCCGAAGGAGAAGUCACCGGAUAUUGAGGCUGGAAAGUAGGGGAUGCAAGGGCAUGGUUACAAGGAGUGCAAGCAAUGAUUUGGAGCCCGCCUUCUGGUGUUGGUUUGUUACAUACGAUACCCGUUUAAUGACUUGGGCAGCGAGCAUAUGCUGGAAGAAAGAUACGGAUAGAACUGAGCUUAUAGAGUCUGGACGCGUUCUGAUCCCCUGUCAAAU